UGUGAGUGUGUGUGUAGCGGGUGGGUGACAGCUGGGCUCAGUCGCUGCGCUCCGCUCCAGUCUGGUAAGAGGCUUCAUCUCCAAAUAGGAUGACCGUGGGCUUUUGUGGAAGGUACUGCGCUCAGCUCCGUCGCUACAGUUCUGGGACAGUCGUGUGAUUCCACGCGUCCAGCUCACCUGGAGGGCAGCUCAAAAGCCCACACGUCGUGUUUUUGUGGUUUUUUUUCCCCCUCUCCUCUCAAGUGUGGAUUUCCGAUGGAUAUUCCGAUUUGAAGAGGUGUGAUUUGAGCGCGGCAUGUAACAAAAAGAGACGCAUGAGAGAAAAGUAGCGCUCGUUAUUCUGAGAACGGGCACCGUUUGAACUGCUUUGGGAGCCACAUCUCAUGGAUUACUAAAAGGCAGAGCUGUGUGACCACUCAGAGGCAUUUCCAUUCAUGAGCUGAAGGCUGAGGAAAAUCUGUAGCAGAGGACCAACAGCAGCAGCAGCAGCAGCAGCAGCAGCAGCAGCGUUGGUGCGACCAUGAGGUCAGAGGCCUUGUUACUCUACUUCACGCUAGUGCAAAUAGCCGGGGCAGGCUUCCCCGAGGACAGCGAACCAAUUAGCAUCUCACACGGCAACUACACAAAGCAGUAUCCAGCAUUUGUAGGCCACAAACCUGGCAGGAACAACACACAGCGGCACAGACUGGACAUCCAGCUCAUCAUGAUUAUGAACAGGACAUUAUAUAUUGCUGCCAGGGAUCAUAUAUACACAGUGGACACGGACACUGCCAACAGUGACGAGGUCUUUUUCAGUAAGAAACUGACAUGGAAGUCCAGACAAGGAGACGUGGACACUUGCAGAAUGAAAGGGAAACAUAAGGACGAGUGCCACAAUUUCAUCAAAGUCCUCCUGCAGCAAAAUGAUGACACCUUGUUUGUUUGUGGAACGAAUGCUUUCAACCCGUCUUGCCGAACCUACAAGAUGGACACCUUGGAGGCUCUCGGAGAGGAGAUCAGCGGAAUGGCGCGCUGUCCAUAUGAUGCUAAGCAUGCCAAUGUUGCCCUCUUUGCUGAUGGCAAGCUGUACUCGGCCACUGUAACAGACUUCCUAGCGAUCGAUUCGGUCAUCUAUCGUAGCCUAGGCGACAGCCCGACUCUGCGCACUGUCAAACACGACUCCAAAUGGCUGAAAGAGCCUUACUUUGUCCAGGCAGUUGAUUAUGGUGACUUUAUCUACUUCUUCUUUCGGGAAAUUGCUAUGGAGUACAACACAAUGGGAAAGGUGGUGUUUCCUCGGGUUGCCAGAGUUUGUAAGAACGACCGAGGCGGCUCGCCCCGCGUCUUGGAGAAGCAGUGGACCUCGUUCAUCAAGUCUCGUCUCAAUUGCUCCAUCCCCGGUGACUCCCACUUCUACUUCAACAUCCUGCAGGCUGUGACAGAUGUCAUCCACAUCCAUGGAAGGGAUGUUGUCAUGGCAACUUUCUCCACACCUUACAACAGUAUUCCAGGUUCAGCUGUGUGUGCCUACGACAUGGCUGAGGUGGCCAACACGUUCACAGGACGUUUCAAAGAGCAGAAAUCCUCAGACUCCACCUGGACACCUUUUCCUGAUGACAAGGUUCCCAAGCCAAGACCUGGCAACUGUGCUGGUUCUCCAUCCAUGGAGAGGUUCAAGGUAUCCAAUGAGUUCCCAGACGACACGCUCAACUUUAUCAAGAUGCAUCCUCUGAUGGACGAGGCCGUGCCCUCCAUCGCUAACAGGCCUUGGUUCCUCAAGACCAUGGUUCGAUAUCGUCUGACACGAAUCGUAGUGGACAACGAGGCAGGGCCCCACAAGAAUUACACAGUGGUCUUCCUUGGAUCUGAGAAAGGCAUCAUCCUCAAGUUCUUGGCCACGAUUAACAACGGCUUCCUCAAUGACAGCCUGUUCCUGGAGGAGCUCAACGUCUACAACCCUGACAAAUGCAGUAUAGAUGGUGUGGAGGACAAACGCAUCCUUGGCAUGCAGAUCGACAGCAAAAGUCACGCUCUGUGGGUUGCUUUCACCUCCUGUGUGGUUAAAGUGCCUCUGUCUCGCUGCGAAAGACACGGAAGAUGCAAGAAGUCCUGCAUAGCCUCCAGAGACCCAUACUGUGGUUGGGUGUCACAAGGAGCCUGCAGUCAGGUGGUCGGCACAAAAUCAGCCUUUGAGCAGGACGUGGAACAUGGUAACACAGAUGGCCUGGGAGACUGCCAAAAUACCUUUGUGGCGCUAAAUGGCCACCAUCACCACCACCAUCACCACACCCUCUCACUCCCCACCACGGCCCUACCCGAGGCGGCCGAGGGCCCACUGGGGCGGGGCCGCAUGGUGGAGCGAAAGGAACCCCCAAUGAGCUCAGACAAAGGGGAGGACCCAUAUGUGGCCGUACCCUCUCAGACUCAGCCCGAAGCUAAUGGUGUGAUCCGAGAGAGCUACCAGAAGGGUCGCGAUCAGCUGGUUCCCGUGACCUUAUUGGCCAUCGCUGUCAUCCUCGCAUUUGCAAUGGGCGCCAUCUUCUCUGGCAUCAUUGUCUACUGUGUCUGCGACCACCGGCGGCGAGACAUAGACCUGACAGGCCACAAGGAAAAGGAAAGCCAUCACCUCCACUCCCGCCGAGGAUCAAUGAACAGUGUGACGAAGCUGACGGGUUUGUUUGAGACGCAGUCCAAAGACGGUCGUCCUGAGGCAAUCCUCACCCCUUUGAUGCACAAUGGGAGAAUGACACCAAACACGAAGAUGCUGAUAAAAGCAGACCAGCACCACCUGGACCUCACUGCUCUGCCGACGCCUGAAUCCACACCAAUGCAGCCACGUCGCAAGCCCAGCCGGGGAAGCCGUGAAUGGGAGAGAAACCAGAACCUGAUCAAUGCAUGCACCAAGGACAUGCCACCUAUGGGCUCCCCAGUUAUAUCCGACCUUCCUCUGAGGGCCUCACCAGGUCACAUACCCAGCGUGGUGGUCCUGCCUCUGCCACAGCAUCAGCACCAGCUCCAGCCUCAUCUGCAGCCACACCAACUUAGCUACCAGCAUGAAUAUGUGGAGCAGCCUCACCAUAGCGACCUGAGCAUGGGCCACGGCGUCAUGGAUGACCAGGGGGCCACGCUCGAGUACAAGACGGUAAAGAACCCAUGUCACAACCUUAACAUGGUGGAUCCAGAUGGGGUGCUGCCACCUCGUGUGCCCCAACGAGAGGCUUCUCUCACCAUCCCUCCUGCCGUCCCACAGAUGGGCAAACGUCUAGAGGUCCACUCCUCAGUCUACGGACUCCGGAAAGGAUCGGCAUCCGCCGCCUCUGGAUCCUCCGCCCUCAAGAAGCACAACACCAACUCAUCUAACUCCUCCCAUUUGGCAAGACAUCACAGCUUCAACCACAUGGAGACUCCACCACCUGCACCUCAGAGGGUGGACUCCAUACAAAUGACAGCACAGGGCUUGUCUCUGUCACGGCAACCUGGAAUGAGCUCCUACGGUUCACUGCCUCGAACGGGCAUCAAACAUCUCAAGCCUGAUGUCCCGCCCAAACCCUCUGUAGUGUCUCUCUCAACAAAAGUCAAGUCCAGUGACUCCUGCACAUAGUCAGCUUGUUAGCCGGUUAGUCUAAUGUGAACAGACAGUAGAUUUUUCAGAGACAGAGAGAGAAAAACAGGGAAUACUGUACAACUUGCAUCUCCUUUUUGUGUUUUUGUUUGUUUUUUGGGUGUACAGUGGAACAUGCAACACAGUUUUUUUAAGAAAGACUUUCUUUUUAUAUAAAUAUGUAAAUAUUAAACAAAUGGCUCUCGACGUUUGUUGCCGUCUUCAUGCUCUAGCUGGCUCCCAUCUCCUCUGUGAGCACACACGGGGACAUGUGCUAUUGAAACAGAAGAUGACACAAGUCCUGAAUAUUUCAUCCAAUGGCACCCUGUAGCAUCCGAGACUGUGGUUCUCUUGUUUGUGGUGUCUUUGGCCAUCAGGACUGGACUCAAUACUUCAUCAUGCUGGUAAAAGCAGAUCGGAAGACAGCACGGGGGUCUGGAGAAUAAUCGUUGUACAGUACCUUGAAUACUGGGGGAAGUGGAGUUCGUGGGCACUCAGAGAGACUGAGCUCAGACUGGAAGGACAUAGUUCUGAGUUCUGUUGGAAACUGUGAAACGCCUCUCAGUGUUACAGCAAUCAAGUCCUGCCUGGGUUUGAGUGAAAGCCUGGGCCAGGAGGAUCCUCUACUGUACUGGUUACUGAAUAACACAUGACUGUUAAUACUAAUAGCUUGUUGUAUUUAUUUUUAUUAAGUGCUUUUGAAAAAACAAGACUGACUUUUUAGGCUUGGACAGAAAGAGAGAGAGAGAGAGAAAGAGGACAGAGAAGAGAUCUUUUAAUAAUAAUUAAUCACAUGUGAGAAAGUUAUUUAAAGUCAUUAAACUGGAGCCAGUAGAACUUUCUUGACGACUAAAGGUCCACUAGGUCUUACUGAGUAACAGUGGGACCUGAAGCUGGAGACAUUAUGUGAAGAGGAGGAGAUAUUUAUUUUAACUGUGCCAGACAGGGACAUUUAACUCCAUUUUUCAAUUUCCAUUGUUUCAGAUCAAUCAUUAAAGAAAAAAAAAAAAAAAAAAAAUCAGAUUCUCACCAUUUCACUCCUCCACCUACCCCGAGAAAAAAAAAAAAAAAAAAAUCAGCACUGUGGUUUCGUGUGACUCGGUUACAUUUGUACUCAGUGAUUUUUUGCCAUCAAAGCUCACUGUUGCAUGUUGCAAAUGUAAGAAAAUCGGCUGCAGCAACAAUAUGGGAAUCUGCGUUCACACAAUACACACAAAGAAGUCGUAAGUGAUGCUGCAAGUGGAGGGAGUGAUGCCUCCAUCUUUGAACGUUAUCGUCUUUUCUGCAGGUGUUACACAUUUGAGCGGGCGACGAGGAAAAGUAUAAAAACAUCUGUAUUGCCUGCCUCUUUUUCCACAUGUAAAUUUGUGCCUUACACCCUAAAGUAGUGACAAUGUUUUCUUUCAUAGCUGGUAACUUGUCUCCUUGUAGUAUUUCUUUUUUUUUCUUACGUCAUAUUUCCCUGGUUUGAUAAAAAUUGCAAUUAAAGAAUGUAGGUGUUAUUGUUGUAAUUCUGGUCCUUAGACAUUACACACUUACAGUUCAGAGGGAACAGAGGAAGAAGCGUCGUCUUCUUCACUCUCUCUCCCUGACACACACAGACACAUGCACAUGCAAAUACACACGCAAACACACACUCAUUUUUGUGGUUCAUUUCUGAAUUGUGCCAUUAAUGCGCUUAAAAAAAAAAAAACCUUUAUGUUGUACUGGCAGUGUUGAUGAAGACGUUGUGAGUGUUUUUUGAUUUUCUAUUUUAUACAGUUUAAGAAGUCCUCGUAUUUGUUUUUCUUUUUCUUUCCUGCUGUCUCUUUGUUUGGACUGAUGGUUAACUGACGGAUUAACUGAACAAUAACACGUGUUAGUUGGGAAGGCGUACAUCAUGUGUACAUCUUUCUGGUGCACUGCGGCAAUAAUGCAAUGACAGGUAUACACAGACACCCAGUGUACUAACACAGAUUUGGACCUUUUGUGUACUUUGGAACACUUUGUUUGUUAGGCAGUUGCAUACGCAGGCUGGCUCCUGCGAAGAAAGUUGACAUUUUAAAACAAUAACUAUUGAAAUUGUACCUUUUUUUAAAAAAAAAUCCCAGUCUUUCAAAGAAAACACCGUUUAGAUGUUUUCUUUUUGCUUCACUAACUUCCCAUGAAAAGACCCUAAAACGGCGGAGAGUCUGGACUAAUCUGGUCUUUCUAUUUCGUUCACUUCAUUGACUUCAAUAUUUUUAUUGGUCAUCCCCAACACUUUAAUCAACAGAGCACUCUUUUAGUGUCGUAUGCGUAGAUAGGUUAAGCGUUUUCUUGAUAUUAAACAAAUGUUCCGUUUCUCAAUGGAGAAAAGCCAACUCCAUCUCAAUCCACAGCUAACAUGAGAAGGACAGAUUGGACAUGUGACCUAACUAACAUGAUUAGACACAAGUAGAGUCACAAACGUAACAAUGAUUCUUGUCAUAAUAGCAUAAAGCUGUAAUAAUAUGAGUGCAAAUGACCUGAGAUAGUUGCCACUGCAUUAUAAACUGGUAACUGGACACGUCGAGACCCUAUUUACACCCUGCAGUGUAUUAAAGUGUGCAUGAACUGGCAACUUGGCCUGAAAUAAUGCUGAUACUUACCGUCUAAAAAUACUGAGUUGUUUUGUUCUUCUCACCUUGUAGAUAAGUCCUCUACACAAAAUGUGAACAACAAGAUCAAGGGUGAAAAAAAAUGCCGCUAAGGGUGCAUUUCAGGGCAUGGGAGUAAAGUGUGGAUGAGGUUUGACUGUGAAGGCUGCUGUGGACAGUGAGGUUCUUUGGUGUGUGCCUUUUUUUUGUCUUUCACCCUUGUUAUAAUACACUGCUGUUAGAUGCAAAUCGACUCUCCUCUCAACUUGUCAACCUUUUGACCUUUGUAAGCUUGUAAGAUAUUGUGAUGUCACAAAGUUUUUUGCCCUACUCUCUCCACUUCCUUAACAUCUGAUUCACAGCUUAAUGUACGUUGUAAAGAAAAAAAAAACAAAAACCUUUAAUUUAAUGCAAAAUGCAAUUUAAAAAAAAAAGGAAAAUAAAAUUCUUGUCAUGAA